AUGGGGACAACGAAGGUUACUCUUACCUGGUGUAGUGAUAAUGGCACUGCCAAAUGCCGGAUGCUCCUUGAAAGUAUUGGAAGCCAAAAGGAUUCGACUCAAGACUCAGUGUUCAAUAUUUCAGACCUGGAGCCAGGGAAUCGAUACCAGUUCCCCCCGCCUCCAGUAGUAUCAAAUGAGACACAGAAAGACCCAGAAGAUGGCGUAGAUCGUAGUCGGGUUUUAGGCAUCCAGGUUGUGAGCAUCAGUGCCACAAACAUGAGCCCGACCUGGGGAAUCAGUGGUAAAGCGUCAUCCUACCAAAUACUAGUUGUUGGGGAGACCACGUUCUUCAAUCUCACUGCCAAUGAGAUGCAUGUUGUCAUCCCUGGACUCACAUCCGGCACUUUAUACAACAUCACCGUGUAUCCUUUACAUGACGAUGGUUCUGAGGGCAUGCCCGGCUUUCUCCAAGCAUAUACUCCCCCUGGUCCAGUCUCUGACUUCCGAGUGACAAGUGUCAACACAACGGAAAUUGGCUUGGCUUGGAGUAGCAAUGACUCAGACUCGUUUAAGAUACUUACCACACGGGAUGGAGCUGGAGAACCUCGGAAUGAAACAACCACCAACCAUAGUAUUAUCAUUGGUGGCUUAAACCCUGGGACCAAAUAUCAUUUUGAAAUAUUUCCACAAGGACCAAAUGGGACACAAGGGCCACCUCAAACAGUUGAAGGUCAAACUGAGUCCAGUGUGGUGUUUGGCAUCCGCGUGGUGCGUGUCACCACAACUGAAAUGGAGUUGAAGUGGGAGAGCACAGACACUACUUUCCAGUACAUCUACCGUUUAGAUAUACAGCCUGAGGUCAGCUGUAACAAAACGGUUGGUCCCCUCAAAGAGAUCACUCUAAGCAGCCUAAUGCCAGGCACCCUAUAUAACAUCACAAUCACUCCAGAAAUGGGCGAUGUCCCAGGGACAUCCAGCUCCAUCGCAGAAUACACACGGCCCAGCAGUGUGUCCAACAUUGAAAUAAAUACCACUACCACAGCAGCAGCCUUUAGUUGGCAGAACUUUGAUAACGCCUCUAGCACGUACACUUACCGCCUUCUUAUCAGUGGAAAUUCCAGCAACCCAGUAGAAAACAUCACAGGUGUUGGAACCACCUAUGCUACAGUCUGUGGUUUAAUACCUGGCUCAUCUUACACAGUAGAGAUCUUCGCACAAGUUGGGAAUGUCACUGAGGGGGCAUCUAGCUCUGCGUCAUUCUGUACAGAUGCCGCACCGGUGAACUUCAGCUGUGAGCCAGUCCCCAAAGAGCCAACCUUGGUCCUCACAUGGGCCCUCCCUCCCGGCAACAAUGCUGGCUUUAAGCUGGAGGUCAGCAGUGGAGCCUGUGACAACAUGACGUGCCUAGAGAACUGCUCCUUGGAGAACGGCACCAGCUGCAUGGCAGAAGUCACACAUUUGAAUUUUUGUACCUCGUAUAACAUCAGCAUCACCACCUUGUCCUGUGGAAAGAAUGCAUCCUCCGUCCAAAAAACCUGCACCACUGAUAGCACAGACCCUCCUCCUUCAGUUGAAGCCCCUGUCAUCACAUCUGUCAGUCAUAAUUCAAUAAAGGUCACAUUCAGUGAGUUUAAUGACAGCCAUGGACCGAUCAAAGCCUACGCUCUCAUUGUGACCACCGAGAAGGGAUCUUUUAGCUGACAGAAUAUUAGUCUUGACCAACUUCUCUCUCUGUCUCACACACACGGAAUCACAACCAUCCCCAGUGGAUGACUUUCUCUUGAAGUGGAAGAUGAUUUGCAUUUAUUGGUGUGAAUUUAAAAAGAGCAUCUCCGGAGCUGAGAGAAGAGGUGAAUCAAAAGCUGCUUAAGGGUUCCAUUACAUUCUUUGGCAAUAAGAAGGGAAUGAUUCGAGGUUUUCUUCAUGUGGGUGCCUCACACAAGGCCUAGGUCUAAAAUGCCAAGUUGGGUUGUUUUUGGUGAUUCUAUAAAUGUGAAUGAGGCAGUGCCUUCUGUACCCAGUGUCUCAACCCAUGUGCCAUCCUGGUCUUAAGGGCAAGAUCACAAGCACGGUGUGGAAUGGGGGUCCCUGGAAGAGGAGGAAUUGGCUGGGAUCGUGGAUCUUCAGAAAAUUUCAAAAAGCAAUGUUGAGAUCUCUCUUCCUGUCUUUUUAUUUGGGGUAUGUGUCAAGCUCUUAGUCAUUUUGUUGCAAUGGUUUUCAACACCUCCCAGGAUCAGACCUUUGCUGAAUGAGAGAGGCAGUGCUGUGUAAUGGUCAGACCCCCUGCUCUGCCUCUUACCACAUGUGGGCUCGGGCAUUCCGCUUCCUCUUUGUCUGUCUCGGAAGCUUCCACAGCCUUGGUAAAUGAGACCACAGGCUCUGAGCCAGAUGGUCUGGCUUAGAAAUCCAGCUCCACCUCAUAGGCAGUGUGACC